AUGUCUGAUCAUGGUGUACAAUCGAAUAACGGUAGUGAUGGGAGAGCUGGGCAAUCUCUGCAUUCUUACCAAUCAGCUUGGAUGGCUCAUUGGUCGAGAACAAGCUGUAAUGCAGCACCUCAAAUGCAUAGUCAUUUAUCUCAUGCUUUUGUAAACAAGGGAGAUGAUCAUGUUACCAAGCCACGAUAUUUACUUAGAGGAGUAGAGGUAGCAUCUGACUUUUGUAAAUCUGUUGGCAGUGGUAGAAAAACUGAGGCCAAAACUUUUGAAACCAUGAAUGCCUGUCUUACAAGAGGUUCAAAAAAUAUGAGAACUGAAAGUUUAGGUAGCCAACACUUUCCAUUCAACCUUUGCCGAAAUAGGGGGAAGAGUUUGACUACGAAGGGUACUACAGGAUCAGCAUCUCAUAUUGCUCCAUACGAAUAUGACUGUCGAGAAGACAGACUCAACAAUGGAAACUUACUCAACAAUAACCUGGUAACUUUGGAACAUGAACAGUGUAAUUAUCGCGGCCAUUCAGCUCUUUUGGUUUGUGAGCAAAAAACCCAUAACUGCCCAAACUCCAAAAAGUCUGCUACUCCAUAUCCAAGGCACAAUAACACGUACCUAUUCCUAAAUGAUCCCUCUACCAGCAACCAGCAUUCACCAGGGUUUAUUGGAGAACAGUCCCAGAGAAUGCAGAAUUGUUUCAGUAUUGGGUUGGUUCCUAGUAGGAACUGUCCUUCACAGACGACCAAAUUGGAGACGUUUCACCCCCACUCGAUUCCAAGAAUGCCACAUUCUGUUCAUGAUGUGGAGACCAUGAGAAUAUGCACUACUGUAGAUUCCAUGGAGGGAUUACCCGGAGGUCCUCCCAGAAUUUCUCAGACAACUCAGAGUGUCUUGAUCACAAAAAAGACUGAUGUGAACUUGUGUGAAGGAGAUCAGAUUUUCAGAGAGUCAAGAGUAUCCAGCCAAUUUAAAGGAAAUAUGGUUGGCGAACUUCAGAGCCUAUCUCCCCUUGUUGGUCAUGGUCAACGUGGAGUAAAGCUUAAACCUCUAGAUAGCUCCAUGGAUAGUGAAGACACAGGAAAAUUUGAAGAUGUCAAAGCUUUUGAGGUUGAUUUGAAGAAUGAAUCAUCAGCUGAAACAGAUUCCAUGGAGAUAAAUGUUUUUGAGGAGAGGAACCAUUUUUCUGGUGGAACUUCUUCCCCAUCAAACAAGGGCAUGAUGGUGGACCCAAAUUUGCUCCCACAAGCUGGAAUUGCUUCAGCAAGAGAGGAAGUUGGAUGCAGCCGACCUGUAAUGUUACCUGAUAUAAACUUAGAGCUUCCUGCCCUGCCCGAAACAGCCAGCUCAAUUGAUAAUGCAGAACAAAGGACCUCAAGAACUCAAAGUCUGGACAUGGAACUACUACUCUCCCAUGCUGAGCAGCGCAGUAGUUCAAAAUCUGAUCAUUGCCCAGAUGGUCCUGUGAGACCUGAGCCAAGCAGCAGAUGGGUUAAGCGUCUUAAAUUGAGUGCUUCAGAUCCUUCUGCUCUUGGUACUAAGAGCUCGAAUAUGGGUGAAGCCUCAUCUCAUAAAAAAGUGGACAAGUUCAGCAAAAUUAUGAAACGUAGCAUAACUAGCUCAGAAUUGAUGAUGGGCAAAUGUCGUAAUAAAGAAUUGAUUGCACUAGAUCAGAAUACAGCACUCUUAAGGAACGGUGAAUCGUCUUCUGCAGACUCGGUAAGCAAAGUUCGAGAUAUCACACUUUCACAUUCUUGGAUUAAGAGGUGGCGUCAUAAUAGAGCUGCUACUCCACAGAGAAAGGGUGAAGCAGUGGUACUUUGUGAGCCACGAAGUUUGAAAGUGGCAUUGGAGGACUUGCAAAAGAAGCAAUUUCCGAGCCUUGCGGCAAUGGCGCUGAUGGGGAAGGCCAUGAGUGGUUUCCAACCUUGUGAGAUGCAAAAGAGGGGUUCUUUUACAAACACAUUUGUGUUGCCACAUCUCUCCAAGAAGUACAAUAUAGGGAAUUGA